AUGCCAGUCUUCCCGCAGAACUACACGUCGACAGUCUCGCAUUGGCAGGCGACGAACCGCGGGCCCGGCUCACUCUGGGACCAUGGACGCACGGAUGUGUUGCCCUCGGAUGCGGACAUUGUGAUUGUUGGUGCUGGCGCAACGGGCGUGUCGCUGGCGUACCACCUCACACGGCCUGGGAUGGAGAAACGCAGAGUUGUUCUCCUGGAUGCCAAGGAUGUCGCCUCGUGCGCAUCGGGACGGAACGGUGGUCAUAUCGGGCCAGCGUCGUGGGAGGUGAUGGGGCAUCUCACCAAGCCGCUUUCUCAUGGCGGUGGCGGCGUGUCGGAAGAGGACGCACUGGAUGUCCUGUUCUUCGAGCAGGAGACGCUCGACUUGUGUGAGUUGAUCGUGAUGCGAGAGCGCCUCGACGUCGACUUCUGGCGCGGAUACCGUCUCGUCGUGUCAACCACUCCUGAAGGGGUUGAGGAGAGUAAGCGGACGUUGGAUGCGUAUCACCGAGCCAUAAAGAGGAGCGCCAAGCACGGCGAUAAGCGCCUCGAUGCCAGUGCUCUCUUCGACGCCGGCGAGGCAGAGCGCGUGUCCCGCGUCAAGGGGGCGUUGGGUAUGAAGUGGACGCCGUCCGGGAGCUGGCACCCACACCGCGGCAUCACGGCGCUUUUGAAGAAAGCGCUGGAGAACAAGGACAUGAGUUUCUACUCUUGGGCGCCGGUCGCCUCUCUCAAAGAGUACCGCGGCGGAUGGACCGUCGACUGUGGUGACCGCGGCGUGAUCCGCACCAAGCAGGUGGUUCUCGCUACAAACGGGUACACCCGCCACCUGUUCCCCGACGACUUUGCCGCCAACACUGGCAUAGCAGCACACUUGACGCCGUACCGUGGCCACGCAGGGCUCGUUGUGCCUCCGACGACAUAUGCAGGCGACAAGUCCCUCAAAGGACAGUACGGAAUCGAGAACGGGCCAUACCUCAUCCAGACACCAUAUGCUGGCAUUGUGCUCGGGCCCUUUAACGCUACUGUUGUCAACACCUUUGGAUCGCCGCGCGACCUGUAUGGAAUCGACGACGACUCGGUCGUCGUACCCAAGUUCCGCGAGUGGCUCGCAAACUAUUGCCGCGACAACUAUGUUGACUGGGGACCCGAGUCGGAGGGGGAGGGCUUGGCUCGCGCGUGGUCGGGCAUCAUGUGUCAUUCGGUCGACAUGAGGCCCCUCGUCGGAGAGGUGCCCGGCAAAACGGGAAUGUUCAUCUCGGCCGGGUACAAUGGCCACGGCAUGGCGACCAUUGUCAACAUCACGCGCUGCCUCGCGCAGCAUCUCGUCACGGGUGUGCGCGACCACCGGCUCCCGCGGUGUUUCGACAUUUCGCAGGAGCGGCUCGACCGUGCCGCCGCCGAAUGCCUCCCUCUCCUUCCUCCCGAGCCCAAGUUGUAG